AUUACUGUUUAAUUACAACCGUGCCGCCCGCGUGUCGAAUCUGCGGCGGCCAAACGGCAGGGCGGCAGCGGCGGGCGGGAGGCGCCAUGGCGGCGGGGGCGCUGCCCGGGCUGCGGCCCGCCCAGACGCAGCUGGAGUACGGCCUGCUGGACGCCGACAGCCCCCGCGACAAGGAGGCCUUGGUCUACGGCUACCUGCAGAAAGCCGACAGCCGGGAGCGGGACCUGACGGUGCCCGAGCUCGGUGGAGAUCUACAAUGGCUGAACACCGAAGGUCCUAUUUCUCUUCACAAAGACCUUUGUGGAAAAGUGGUGGUGUUGGAUUUCUUUACUUACUGCUGUAUCAAUUGCUUGCACCUGCUGCCUGAUCUCCACGAGUUAGAGCAGCAGUACUCUGAUAAAGAUGGCCUUGUUAUUAUUGGUGUCCACUCAGCGAAAUUCCCGAAUGAGAAAGUCCUGGAUAACAUCAAGAGUGCAGUUCUGAGAUACAACAUUGUCCACCCAGUAGUAAAUGAUGCAGAUGCAACAUUGUGGCACGAGCUAGAAGUGUCCUGCUGGCCAACUCUGGUCAUUCUUGGCCCUCGUGGAAACAUGCUCUUUUCGCUUGUUGGAGAAGGCCACAAGGAGAAGCUGUUUUUGUUUACUUCUGUAGCACUGAAAUUCUACAAGGAGAGAGGACAAAUCAAGGACAACAGUAUUGGAAUAAAGCUAUACAGGGACUCCCUCCCACCUUCUCCCCUGCUGUUUCCUGGCAAAGUGACAGUAGAUAAUUCAGGAGAAAGGCUGGUAAUUGCAGACACUGGACAUCACAGGAUUUUGGUUACUCAGAAAAAUGGGCAGAUUCUGCACACUAUUGGAGGUCCAAACAGUGGAAGAAAAGAUGGAAGAUUUUCAGAGGCAUCUUUUAACUCACCACAAGGAAUUGCUAUAAAAAAUAAUGUUAUUUACGUAGCUGAUACAGAAAAUCAUCUAAUUAGAAAGAUUGACCUGGAUUUAGAGAUCGUGACUACUGUAGCAGGCAUUGGGAUACAAGGUGUUGACAAGGAAGGUGGAGCAAAAGGAGAAGAGCAGCCUAUCAGCUCUCCAUGGGAUGUGGUUUUUGGUAAUUCAGUUUCAGAGACCCAGGAAGAUGAUGUUUUAUGGAUAGCGAUGGCAGGCACGCAUCAGAUAUGGGCACUGAUGUUGGAAGGUGGAAAACUGCCAAAGGGAAGUGAUUUAAAGAAAGGAACCUGUCUUCGAUUUGCUGGGAGUGGAAAUGAAGAGAACAGAAACAACACCUACCCUCAUAAGGCAGGCUUUGCACAACCUUCAGGUCUCUCUCUGGCUUCCGAGGAACCGUGGAACUGCCUUUUUGUAGCAGACAGUGAGAGCAGCACCGUGCGAACAAUCUCUCUGAAAGAUGGAGCAGUGAAGCACCUUGUAGGAGGAGAGAGAGAUCCAUUGAACUUGUUUGCCUUUGGUGAUGUGGAUGGAGCAGGCAUAAAUGCGAAGCUGCAGCAUCCCCUAGGAAUAACAUGGGACAAGAAAAGAAAAUUGCUUUAUGUGGCAGAUUCCUAUAAUCAUAAGAUUAAGGUUGUAGAUCCCAAAACAAAGAACUGCGCUACCCUGGCAGGCACAGGAGAAGCAAGCAAUGUUAUUGGUUCCAGCUUUACACAGUCAACUUUUAAAGAACCAGGAGGUUUGUGUGUUGAAGAGAAUGGCCGCCUGAUGUAUGUUGCAGACACAAAUAAUCAUCAGAUUAAAGUGCUGGAUUUGGAAACAAAAAUUCUUUCCAUGUUGCCUAUCCUGAAUCCAGAAAUGUGCGAUGUUCCAGAUCAUCUGCCUGUGCAAAAGGACAAAACAGCAAACCUUCCAAAACUGCCUAAAUCUGCACCAAACAUUCAACUUCAUCCACUGACCGUAGCUCCUGGCCAGACAAUUCAGUUUUUAUUGAAGUUGACCCUCCCUCCAGAUUCAACACUGAAUGAAGAAGCACCCAACGCCUGGUUUAUCACAGCAGAAGAUAAUACAUGGUUGCUUCAAGGACAGAAUCUGUCUGGAAAAAUUAAGGAUGUUUCCUGUCAAACUGUCAUUCCCUUUCAGUUACCAAGGAGCUGUCUAUCAGCUGAAGCUGUCCUGGCUAUCAAAGCGUGCCUCUACUAUUGCAGCAAAGAUAGCAGUGCCUGUUUGAUGAAAGGAAUCUCAUUCAGUCAGCCUUUACAGAUAGCAAGUGAAAACCAAGCCAGCUUGACUCAAGUUGAACUAACAUACACAUUUUUAACUAACUAACCCAAAGCCAGCUAAUGUGGUGCUUUAUUUUGCUUUCCACUGUAGGAGAAAAUAUGGAUAGAUAACUUUUCUCCAUUGGCCAUUUUCCUGGAGCUUAUGACAAACCUAAGAAAUAAUAUUCUUGGUAAAAUGCAGUAGAAUUCCUUACAGUUUAACAUAAAAAUUUAUAAUCACAACCUGAUUUAUUUUCAUUACAGUAGAAACAAUGAUACUGUAAUACUUCAGACUCCGUUGCCAGUUGUGAAUACAUUGGACGUACGCCAUUCUAAGCAAUGAGCAAAAAUUUUUAACGUCCUUUUGAAAGAGUUAGUAUUGCCUUGUGAUUACACUGUAAGAAAUUCUUUGCACUAUAUGUACUGUUAGAAUAAUCAGAUCAUUUCAGACUAACAGUUAGAGAUUCCUUUUGUGCCCUUAAAUUUUAAUAGAAUGUCAAACCUAAUAGUUUCUUUCUCCAGGCUGUAAAAGGAGCAUCUUGCUUAUUUCUCUGUAGUGGCACUUUUGACACAUGUAUUUUGAAAAUACAUCUUAAACUAGGUGCAGCUCUAAUGUUAUGCAAACUGAUUGUUUUGUUUAACUAGAUAUGACUGCCUUAUAUGAAGAGCACGGUUUCAUGGAAAAAUUUCUGUGAAAGGAAAUGUUUGAGUUCCUACAAAAAAAAAAAUCAUGCUGAUUUCUAACAAAGAAUGUGCCUCUCUAAUGUGUGCGUAUAUUUGUAAAGAAAAAGAAAAUGCUGGAAUCUUUCUGAUAUAUACUGAUUUACAUUUUAUGUAAGUGGUAGAAAAUGGUUGAUUAUCUAAACUGCAAAAAUUAAAUGUCAACCAUUUCAAGCAGGUGAAUCACUUUCCUUUUCCACUUUUAUGAUUUCUUUGUAAAACCCAGUCUGAAGACUUCUGUCUUGGAAGCAUACAAUAUUAAGAAUGACGCUACACUCCUAAUGUGUGAUUCAAAGUCUUUUGAAGUUGCUGUUUGUCCACCCAUUUGUUAUGGUGGCCUCUGAAUCAGAACCGUACAUUUAAUAAUGGAUGGUUGCAUUUGUGUCUAGAGGUUCUGAGCUUUUGCUAGAAAACUGGUGAUUCAGUCUUUGAGUGAAGUGCUUUGAUUUGAAGCUGUAUUCCCAAAACUCUGCCUUUGGUGGUUAAAUGUUUUGUGAGUAAAAUUUGAUCAAUUUGCCAUAGGAAGUAGCAGGAGUAUGGGAGGAUGUGCAAUUUUCUUAUUGAAUUGGAAGGAUUUCCACAGUGCUUAAGUGUAAUUGGAUUAAGUCCAGUGCUCUGAUUAUGAGGAUCAGUUCUGAGAAGGUGAACUUGUUUUAAAUUUGAAGAUGGUAUUUUUACGUAUAGUAUGAUGUAUAGUAGUGAAAGAAUUGUUAUGGUGUCUUUUCUAAAGCAGUCACCAUUGUUCCUGACACCUGUCAGUAAACUCCUGGUAUGAUUUGUUGUUGCUCAUUCCUAAUUGAAAACUGAUUGAAAUGUUGGUCAUGAACUCCAGAGGCUUUUGUUUUAAGGGAACCAUGUGGAUUGGUGUGGUUUUUCCUUCUAUUGAAAUGCCAGCAUAUCUGUGAGUUCUCUACAGUACCAGAAAUUGUAGUUAUCUCACCUGUCAGCAAGGCAGGGACUGAACUAUUAUUUUCUUGUGUUUAUUUUUUAAGCAACUUUUCUAAUUCAGUGUUUCAGUUCCUUUGAGUAAACCUCUCAAUCUCACAUACCAUUUUGAAGAAGGAUAAAGCUUUGCUACUUUGUUCACAAAUUGCAAAUGCUGUUGAAAGGAUGAAGGUAAAGAAACCGAUUAUAGGGCAUUAAUCACUUCUCACACUUUAUUACAAAUCUUUAAGAGUUUUUGUUGUUGUUUAUUUAACUUUGGGUGGUAGCCAGGAAACCUUAGAUAAGCUUCCAGCUAACUCACAAUUUUUCUGUUGCUUACUGUAAAAAGAAAGCGUUAGUUUCAGAAGUUCAGAAUAACAAAUUAAAUUCUUACAGUUAUCUUGAGUAUACAACUGACCAGAUAAGUUUUUUUGUUGUUGUUGUUGUCUUUUUUUCCCACUCUCAUUUCCAACUAAAAUUAUAUUUGUCUGUUUUGAUUGGACAAGACCAUCAAAUUCUACCUUGUAUUUUGGCAUACAGAAAAAAGUCGCAACAGAUCUGUUAUCUUAAUGACACUUUUUAAUUAAAGUAUUGCUUUAAUUAAUGUAGGGAAAGGCCAUGUAUUCCUAACUUUGUUUAACUACAGUGUAUAGUGUUUAAAUAUGGUGUAGUAGACAUAUACAUACAUUUAUAUCGAAAAUAUAAACAAAUGUUUAAGGGUCAUAUCCUUUUUGUUUUCAAGAUUCAACUUUCUAUUUACUGUGUGUAAAUGCAUUCAGAACCACUGCAGCUUAUUGGGAAGGUGUGAUAGUAGAUAGUAGGAAAACUGUUGCAUAAGCAUCAAGCUGAAGUCUGGGAUCAGACUGUAAAGGACCUUUAAAGAUUUAGUUGUAGCCGUAUUUUAAGUAGUGAAAACAAUUUCUGCUUUACUAGCAGGGAGUAGGAAAAUGUUUUUGAACCUUUUUUUUUUUUUCUUUCUCUUAAGUCCAUGUCUUGCAGCAGUUGACUGUAUCCUGUAUAAACUGAGGGGUGUAUACUAACCAGGGGGUUUAAUGGUGAACUUGGCAGAGCUAAGUUAAGGUUUGGAGCAGAUGAUCUUAGAGUUCUUUUCCAACCUAAAUGAUUCUGUGAUUCUAUUUCUAGAAUCUGAACUUUAGCUUUACCCUAAAAAAGAGACAGAAGGUGUGAGACCAUCUCAAAAACUUGACCUGAAAAAGGUGAAUGUCCUGGAAUGCUUUUCCCCCUGCAUCCCAUAAGUUCUAAACCAUUCUAUGCAAUAUCCCCUUCAGUUUACAAGGGAGAGCUUCUUUCCCUGACUUGUCUUAGCGGGUUUCACGCAAGGACACUGCUGUUAUCAUUCUCCAUCUUCUGAGAUGUAGCUGAUUCUCAGCAUGCUCCGGUUCUUCCUGAUGAUGUUACUGGGGUUCUUCUGAUCCUCAGUCUGUGCAUUCACUAUGACUGGCGUUUAUCACAUAGCCUAACUUUUUUUGUCCAAGGAAUAGCACACACAUCACUGAGUCCCUCCUUAUGUUUCACUUGUGGCGUACAGACAUUUGAAUGUUCUAUAAUUAGAAUAACAUGCUUUUUAAAGGCUUAUGAUGUUUACUUUUACUCUACAAAAGGGAUGCUAUUUCCAUUGCUUUCUCCAGGGUUUAGAAGAUGCUGUUACACUAAAGCAAGAAGUGCCAUAAGUGUAACCAGACAGGCAAAAACAAUAGCUUGUACAAGCUACAGAAGUUUCAGUUAAGUUACCAGAAACCAUCUUCAAAAUACAAUUCAGAAAAAUGGGAAAUUUUACUACUGUCUCUAAAUACUGAUAAAUUAGAUGGCUGCUAUCUAUUUGUAUGGUAAUGUAGUUUAUAGUGUUUCCUGAUAUAAAAUAAAAAUAAAAAAUCAACUAAAAAUUCCACUACCAGCAUAUUGGUAUGGCUCAGCAUUCCCAGAUUUGUAUCUUACAGUAACAGUAUGUAAUUCAAGGCCUUUUCAAAUCAUGCUUUCCCACUGACUUUAAUAGGUUUUGCAUCAGACCUAUAAAGUCAUAAAUUACUGUAGCAAAUCUCUAAAGAAUAUUGGUCAUGCUUGCUUUGUAUAAUGGAAAGAAAUUCAGAGGCAUUUGCAGUUUUUAGUUCUAGUAUUUGCUUUCCUGGAACAGCACUUUUUUUUUCUUUUUUUUUUUUUUGGUAAAUUGUUUAGCCAGAGUAAAAGUGCAUAUGGCUUUCAGUAUAUUAUAUAUAUUCUUUACGCACUUUUUUAUUCCAAUGGGAAAAUCUUGUAGUUCAAAGUAAAAGUAUCUUUUGUGAGAGCAUCAAGAAAAACUUGUUCCUUAUCUCUUGCUUAGAGGAGGGAGAUGAUCAGAACAAAGUGACUUCCCUUCUUGUACAGGGGCAUGUCCUUUUCCUCCUUUAAUUAUUGACUAUUUACUCUAGCAAAGAGAGUUGCAUUACUGACCACAGUUUCAAGUUCUCUUGAGUUUUUGAUUCCUAACAAGGUUUGCUAUGUACAUGACAGCCUUAAAUGUUUGACUUUGCAGAGUUAUCAAUGAUAUAUCUAGUUUAAAAUGGCUUACAGUUUAGCAGACAAUAGCAAAGAUUUACGCAUUUCUUGAAAAUUACUGUUCCUUCUUAACACUUACCUCAAAGACAUAUUGCAGCUAAAUUUCCACAGAAGUGUGUAUUCAUAAACUGUGUUGCAAGUCAAAAGUAAGUUUUCUUCACUGUAUGAUGUGUGAGAGGUGCUGUAACAGGUUGUGUGUGUGUGUGUGUCCUCCAGGCUGUACUUCUUCUAACAGAAGAAUUUACCAUGUGUAGCAGUUUAUUACUUACCCUUCCUGAUGGUAACUGCACACUCAAAUCUGCCAGCUCAGUUGUUUGUAUAAUCAGCUAAGAUAACCAAUUUAAGUUAGCAAAGAGGUAGUAUUUAAAAUUAAUUAUAAUCAUUUUCACUGAAAAAAGUUUGUCAGGGGUUACACGAGCUUCUCUGUCCCUCAUCAGGAAGAUAUAAGAAUAGUGAGAGUUAGUUGCAGACAGUCACUGCAAAAGUGAGACCUUUUGUUUUGUUUUUUAGUCGAACCAUCACUUCUGGCUUCGCAUUCUGCAGCAGAUCAUUAAUUCAGAAAUAUUUCUAAUAAUAUUUUACAUUCUGUUGUGUUCAUAUAACCAAGCUUGACUGCUGUCUUCCAUCAGACCCAGCUCUUCUGAUAGUUUUGUAGAUGUUGAACUGUUGUAUGUAAAAUCACUUUCUCUUGUUAAAGAUUAGCUUUCAUUCUUAUUAAGGAUUCAACACAACUAUGACUUGAAUUUCUGGGUUUAUUUUGAUUUUUGUCAUGAUAUUGGAGGGGGUUUAGGGUGAAGAGAGGAGUUGGUCAGGUUUCUGUGUCUACUUUUUCCUCCUGUAGCUUCCCCAGGACUGAAAUAUGGCCAGUAUCUUAUUACCAUAGAUGGAUCCAAGUAGGAUAAUUCCCUUGCCCCUCCCCUGCUUUAGGGCUGGGGUGUAAAAAGAAAGUGCAAUAGGGCUCUUCCAUUCAAGGACAAUGUUACCUGGCAGCUCAUUCCAAAUGGGUGCAAAUGAGGUGAGGGUUUCAAGCUGAGUUGCACAGCACUGAUCCUCAGAAUGCAUAGACCUAGUGUGUACUGCCAUUCUGGAGUUACCUGCUUUCUAGGUCUAUCCCUCUUUAUGGCCUGUAAAAUUUUGCUCCAUACAGAAGGUGAGAAUUUAGCCCUUACUCUCACUGAAAAAAAUAUGUAAUCAAUUGAUUAUUUAGUGCUCUUUAUUUUAAGAUAACCUGCUAAUAGUUACUGAAAUCCAGGACCUGUCUAAACCCUUCCGUAUAGUUCUAGGUAACAUUAAAGUAAGAUUAUGUCCUCAAGUCAACUUCAUCAAACUCUACAACGAUGCAGCUACCAUCAUUUUUUAUUUUUAUUUUUUACCUUUAUCUCUGGCCCUAUUCAAUGAAGUUCUGAAUUUGUUUCUAGAUCUCCUAAAGCAUCUCAAACAUGAGUAGCUUAUGCAUGGACUUUCUUGGCUCUUAGUUUCAGGAAACUGCAGAUUAAAUACUUAAGAAUAUUAGGUGAUUUGAAAGAUACCCCAGCUUGCUAUCUUGUUGAAGAUUGUGCGUAAUUAUUAUCACAGGGUAACAUACUUUUGAUACAGCUGAAAGACUAAAACCUUGGAUUUACGUUGAGUGUUUGUGCAGCUAUAGUUACAUGUUGUUUAGUGUACUGCCUUGUUGGUCCAAUGCUUUCAAAGCAUACGAGAGGACUUUUUGUCCAACUGCAGGCUCUAGGGAUAAGAAAAAGAAUUACAAGUGUUUUUCAAGCCUUGCUUAGUUCCUUUAUAACGUUGAUAAUUUUGAGUUAAAGAAAUCGCACUUGUAGAAAUCUAUUUAUAAGUCUACCUUAACUUAAUGCUCUGUACUUAACAUGCCUCAGAAGAGCAAUAUUCCACAAUAUAUUUUUCCCUUCUUGAUGGAGUAUUUAGAAACUCAACCCAUCUGGACAUUGUCAGACUUCAUAGUAAGUGAGAUAACUACUCCCAAUUUGGUUUUAUGUUUAAAAUAAAUAAAUAAGAGCUAGUUCUUCAAGCUUUUGGUGAAGCUGAAAUACCUGGUUUUGAACCAUCCAUUCAAGAAAUGUGUGCUGAGAGUUGGCUAUUUCAGAUAACUUCCAGGUUUUAAAAUUUUGGAAUUGAGAGUUAGAGUGGUGGAACAUAGCCAACACGGGUUCAUGAGGGGAAAGUCCUGCUUAACUAAUUUAAUUUCCUUUUAUAGCAAGGUUACUCAUCUAGUUGACCAAUGGAAGCCAGUAGGUGUAAUUUUGGGGGGAUUUUAGCAAAGCUUACAGUAUUGUUUCUCUCCAAUGUCCAGCAUACAGCUUGGCAAGUACACAACACGAUGGGUAAACAAUUAGCUGACAGAUCAGGCAGAGUUGUUGAUUCCCUCAAGGGAAGAGAGGCCUGCAAGGAGAGAGCUCACAACAAAUUAAAGGUCUGGGCAAUCACCGAGUGAAGUUCGACAGGAGCAAGUGCUGGAUUCUGCAGCUGGGAAGGGGCAAUCCUGGGUAUACAAACAGACUGGGGAAUGAGAGGCUGGAGAGCAGCCCUGCAGAAAGGGAUCUGGGGGUUCUGGUUGAUGGCAAGCUGAAUAUGAGUCAAUAGGAGUGUGCCCUGGCAGCCCAAAGAGCCAGCUGGGCAUCAAGCACCACGCUGCUAGCUGGUCAACGGCAGGGAUUGUCUCCCUCUGCUCUGUGCUGGUGCAGCCUUGCCUCAAGAACUCUGCAUUUUGGGGCACAGCAGUGUAAAAAGGACAUAGAACUGUUAGAGAGUGCCCAAAGGAGGUUUACAGAGAUGGUGAAGGGCCUAGAGGGCAAGACGUGUGAGGAGCAGCUGAGGUCCCUGGGUUUGCUCAGCCCCGAGCAGAGCAGGCUGGGGGGAGGCCUCAUGGUGGCCUGUAGCUCCCUCACGAGGGGAGCGUUGGGGCAGGCGCUGAGCUCUGCUCUCUGGGACAGCCUGCCGGAGUUCAAGAAGCAUUUGGGCAACCUCUCAGACAUUGGGUUUGAUUUUGUGGUAGUCCUGUGUGGAGCCAGGAGUUGGACUCGAUGAUCCUUGUGGGUCCCUUCCAACCUGGGAUGUUCUAUGAUUCCGUAACAGAAAUGCUAAAUGUUUUAUAUCUUCAGUAUUUAACUUCAAAAAUAUCCAGUCUUGCUUUUAAAAGAAAAUUAGUGCACUUAAAGCUUUCUCUUAUGUAAAUCAUUGUACUGUUAAAUUAUGAUGGAUUUGUGUGAUUGUAUAUAGAUAUUAAUAAGGAAAAAUAAGGUAAUUGAAAAACUGCAACUACGUGAAAUUCAGGCUCUCCAAGGUUACCAGCAAGUAUCUUUAGUAGUUCAGUCCAAUGCAACAGAAAUUCUGCAUUUUCAUUACAUCAUGAUGACUGAAGGAAGAAAUCAGUGCCUUGAAUAAAAAUACUUGAAAGUGUGUCUUUGUAGAAAAGCUGGAGUGUUGAUUGAAAUAAGGUAUUUAUUUGACCUUCAUGACUUGUGAGUUUUGUGUUUUUUAAAAUUCUGUACUAAUUCAGAAGCUGUAAAGUUUUUUUCACUGUUAUGUUGUAGAAUUAAGUUGAAAUUAAAGUGCUUUUUAUUCAAGCUACUCUUCCUAUGAAGUACUUUUACUUUCAAGAGGCUUUUUCUCUGUCUUGCAAACAUACCUCUUAUGUACACUUAAAAACAAACCUAGCAGGAUGAUUUCAAAUGUCUUGCAGAAGCUGGGAUGCAAGUGAGACAGAGGUUAAAACUUUAAUUUAGAAGGGCGAGGAUGAUUCUUCUUGACAUUUGAGGGACAGGGACUUGGUCUGCUUUUGUUGUUGUUGUUUUCAUUUGUUUCUUCUAUUCUAUGAGCAAAGAUUAUUUAAAUGGCAGAGAGCUGUGUGGAGAGGGAGCUAUGAAGGGUCUGGUUCUCACUGUGAUGAAACCAUAUAACUUCAUUUAGGUUCUGCUGUUGGGAUGCUUUAAAAUCCCUGCAGUAUAGCACUAGUGAAGAAAGUCACAGUUGAGCACUUAACACCUUAGUAUGUGGCUUGUAUUGUUUAGAUGGAAAGAUGGGGAAUUUUUUUUUUUCUUCCUUGAGUACUACAGUGUUGCUUUAAGGACAUGGGAAUAUUUUUGUCUGCUCUUUGAGAUACUAAACCUCUUUUUUUUUUCCAUUGCAUAUGAUGCAAAGCCUUUCAAAUAUCUGAACAUUUAAAAGAUAUGUUUUAUAUUUGUUACUACAAAGUAUGGGAAGAAUUAGAACUGAAAGCACAUCAUCUGCAGCUGAUGUAGAUUGUGGAGAUUCUUCAUACACAGCAUCACCUAACAGAGUUCUUAACAAUAUUCAUGGGUUAUGAUCCUUUUUAAGUAAAAGGUAAAUGUCCUGUAAUAUUAUGAGAACAAAUAAAUACGCUGUGGAAGAAAUGCUAGCUUCAGAUUUCAAUUCAACAAAUAAACAGUGAUUGAAGAAUGUAUUUUCUCCCCUAUGAAGCCUAUUUCUCCUUGUAAAGCUUUUUCAUGGAAAAAUAAACAUUAAAAAUUUUAUCUUUUCUUUCAAA